AUGAAGAAAAACGCGUCGCAAAAUGGCCGUAAAAUACAAAGUCAAUAUACGUUAAGAAAUAAAUUAUCAUUAUCAGUAUUUUUACCAACAACAGAGCAAAUGUUAAUGGAAUGGUCAAAUAAAUCUGUUCAAAUUGGAUUUGCAACAUUUCCAACAGUUACUGUUUCACAAGAACGAGAAGCUUGGCAAUGGUUACAAAAUAUUGAUAAAAAUUCUAUAUUUCAUUGCUAUGGACAAUGUUAA